AUGGAGGAGGAAAGUAGGAAGGACCAUCGGGCUUUGCUCAACCCAGGAGGAGAGAAUGAACUGGAAGUAUUUGGUUACCAGACCCAGAAUCUACGCAGAGCUCUCUGCCUCAUAACAUCCGUGCUGACCUGUGGGGUCCUUCUCCUGUUAUUCUACUGGAAGCCGCAGUGGAGGGUAUGGGCCAACUGUAUCCCAUGCUCCUUGCAAGAAGCAGAAACUAUUUUGCUAAGGACAACGGAUGAAUUUCAAAGAUAUAUGAGGAAGAAGGUAAUCUGCCUCUACUUAUCCACACUGAAGUUUCCUGUAAGCAAGAACCCAGAAGAACCCCUGGUGGCUGACUACCACUCUGUCAUAAACCAAGCCAUACUGAAGCCAGAAUUAAAAGUAAGAUGUUUCCAAGUGCAGAAAAUCAGGUAUGUUUGGAACCACUUGGAGAAGAGGUUUCAGAAAGUUGGGUUGCUGGAAGAUAACAGCACCUGCUACAACAUCCAUCAUACGUUUGGACUGGGUCUGACCGGUGGAGAACAAGAGGUCAGAAGAUUAGUGUGGGGGUCAAAUGCCAUUGAGGUUGAACUCCAACCCACGUGGAAGCUGCUUGUUAAACAGGUUUUAAAUCUAUGCUACGUGUUUCAAGCCUUUACCCUCACUUUGUGGCUGUCUCAGGGUUACAUCGAAUACUCAGUGGCCAUCAUCAUUGUUCUCUCCAUUGUCUUAAGUGUGUACGAUUUGCGACAGCAAUCAGUUAAGCUGCACAACCUUGUGAAGGAUCACAACGAAGUCCAGGUUACAAUCAUUGCAAAGAGGCAAAGUUUGCAGGAGCUAGAGUCCCGUCUCUUGGUUCCCGGAGAUAUUCUUAUUCUUCCAGGAAGACUUUCAUUGCCAUGCGAUGCUGCUCUGAUUGAUGGAAGCUGUGUGGUGCACGAAGGCAUGCUCACAGGUAGGCAGUUGUCACGAAGCUUCCUCUUCCCUUCCAACAGCCAGGCCAGUGAUGAGAAUUUGCAUACUGAUCAUAUCUUUCAUCCAGAAUGCUGCCAUCGUACCCUAAGUAUAAACCUCAAACCCGAGAAAACUGUGCUCUUCACUCAGAGGCAGCAAUUGUCUCGUAUUCCCAGCAGCGUGCCAACCAAGAACAGCACCCCUCACGGUGACACAGAGCAUGGCAGUGAGAAAACAGGGGAGGACACACAGCAGGGUUUACUGCCCUGGGUCUCUCCAAAAGAUACUGCAACCACGGCCCUGCCCCUCCUCUCCAUGCUGUCCCUCCUGUGCUGCCAGCCGCCCUCCCUGACCACAGGCAUCGUGUAUGCACAAAGGAGGCUGAAGAAGAAGAAAAGCUUCUGGGUCUCCCCACAGAGAAUCAAUGUGUGCAGGCAAAUCAACCUCGUGUGCUUUGACAAAACUGGCACUCUUACAGAAGAUGGACUGGACCUCUGGGGGACUGUUCCUACUGCUGACAACUGUUUCCAGGAAGUCCACAGCUUUGCCUCGGGCAAGGCUCUGCCCUGGGGCCCACUGUGUGUGGCCAUGGCCAGCUGCCACUCUCUGAUCCUUCUCGACAGGACCAUCCAGGGAGAUCCACUGGACCUCAAAAUGUUUGAGGUCACAGCUUGAGUAACGGAAGAUUGCAAUGUAGACUACUGCAAAUUUGGGAUAUCAGUUUCCAACAUAAUAAUAAAACCAGGACCAAAAGCCAGUUGGAGUCCCUUGGAAGCCAUCGCCAUCUUUCGACAGUUUCCAUUUUCCUGCAGCCUGCAGAGGAUGCCUGUGGUCAUUCAGCGAGGGGAGGAUUAUUUUUGUGUCUAUAUGAAAGGUGCCCCGGAGAUGCUGGCUAGGUUCUGCAGAUCUGAAACAGUGACUUUCUUCCAAAUCCAGAGAGAGAAGGUGGAGUCAGAGUUAACAUUUCUGGGACUUCUCAUAAUGGAGAAUCACUUGAAAAAGGAAACAAAACCAGUCUUGAAGGAACUGAGCUAGGCCAUCAGGACUGCGAUGAUUACCAGUGACAACCUUCAAACAGCCAUUACUGUUGCAAAGAAUUCUGAAAUGAUUCCUCGAGGGAGCCACGUGAUCCUUGUUGAAGCCAACGAACCCGAAGAGUUUGUCCCUGCCUCCGUGACCUGGAAGCUGGUAGAGAACCAAGAGAGUGGGUCUGGAAAGAAUGAAACCUACAUUAACAUUGGAAACAGUUCAGUGCCUGAUGGAGAAAGAGGGAGCUGUUACCAUUUCGCAGUGAGUGGGAAAUCGUACCAAGUGAUAUUGCAGCAUUUCAACAGCUUGCUUCCAAAAAUUCUGGUGAAUGGAACAAUUUUUGCAAGAAUGUUCCCUGGGCAGAAAUCUAGCCUCAUUGAAGAAUUUCAGAAAUUAAAUUAUUAUGUAGGCUCCCCUGGAGCUAAUGACUGUGGGGCUUUGAAAAUGGCUCAUGCAGGCAUUUUGCUGUCAGAACAGGAGGCAUCUGUGGCCUGCCCUUUCACCUUGAAAACAGCCAACAUCGAGUGUGUGUCUCAUCUCAUCAAAGAAAGCCUCGCUGCUCUCGUCUCAUCCUUUGGGGAGAUCAUGUACGGCAUAAUCUACUUUAUGGGUACAUCACUGCUCUACUGGCAACUACAGCUCUUCAGGAUUUACCAGUAUCUCAUGCCAGAUGUUGCUACUACCUUGAUGGUCUGUUUAACAAUGAGCUCAACUCAUGCCUACCCAAAGCUGGCAUACCAACCAGCAGGACAGCUCCUUUCUCCCCCUUUGCUAUUGUCAGUCUUUUUAAACACCUGCUUCACCUGCAUUGCGCAGGUCUGUGCAUUUCUCUAUGUGAAGCAGCAGCCCUGGUAUUGUGAGGUCUACAGACACAGUAAGUGCUUUCUGGACAACCAGAGUAAUUUCUCAACAAAUGUGAGUUUGGAAAGAAACUGGACUGGAAAUGCAACUCUGAUUCCCAGUUCAGUUUUAAGUUUUGAGAGUACCACGCUAUGGCCCAUCACCACCAUCAACUGUAUCUCAACAACAUUUAUCUUUUCUAAGGGAAAGCCAUUUUGAAAACCCAUCUAUACAAACUAUAUAUUCUCACUUCUGCUGGUAUCUGCCUUGGGCCUCACAAUUUCCAUUCUGUUUUCUGAUUUUCAAGAUAUAUACCAUGGGACGGAGUUCAUCCUAACCAUCACAUCAUGGAGGAUUGCAAUUUUGGUGGCAGCCCUCACCCAAUUCUGUGUGGCCUUCUUUGUAGAAUUUUCCAUCCUUCAAAAUCGAGAGCUCUGGCUACUGAUCAAGAAAAAAUGUGGAAUCCAUUCUAAAAGUCAAUAUAAGAACUGGCAAAAAAAAAAAAAACUGGCAGAAGACCCAACCUGGCCUCCCACAAACAGGACAGAUUAUUCAGGCGAUGGCACAAAUGGAUUCUACAUCAACCAAGGCUAUGAAAGCUCUGAACAGAUUCCAAAAGAAAAACUCGAAUUGGGAGGCCAAACCACAGAACCACAUUUUUGGACCAGAUUGUAA